GCUUUUUUCCAACACAUGGUGUUGAAUUGAACGAUUUACUCAAUACUAAGAUCUAUCUACUUUGGUCCCUUUUCUUUUCAUACUGUGGAAUUACCAGAGAAAGUGAGGGACCAAAAGCCAUAUAAAAAAGAUAUUUUCUUUCGUUUCACUCACUCAUCUCAACUACCCCUAUUCAAUAUUUUAUUAUAAUUUAUAUACUAAGAGCAGUUUUCUUAUCAUCGUUUGCUUUUAGUUAAGAGAAAUUCUAUCAGUUGUGAUUGAUGCUCGUUCAAGUCCUCAACACAGCAGUCAUAAUGGAUGUAAAGGUGGAAACUCUUAAAUCUGAGUUAAAGAGAGUGAGAGAGGAGAAUAAAACUCUAAGAGUGAUGUUUGAAGUUCUAAGCAGCAAGUACACAAAGCUUGAGUCCCAUCUUCAAGAGAUAAACAAGGAACAAGACAAGGGCAUGAGUUCAAAUCAAAUAGGAUCAGUAACCGAACCUAUCUUGGAUGUGAACAAGAGACGGAGACUAGAGUUUCACACAGCAAAAAAACCACUACAAAUCUUUGUCAGAACACAUCCCAUGGAUGAUAGUUUGAUAGUAAAAGAUGGAUAUCAGUGGAGAAAGUAUGGACAAAAGGUCACCAAAGACAAUGCUUCACCAAGAGCUUACUUUAGGUGCUCCAUGGCUCCCAUUUGCCCAGCCAAAAAGAAGGUGCAAAGAUGUUUACAUGAUAAGUCUAUCCUUGUUGCAACUUAUGAUGGAGAGCACAACCAUGGUGCUCUUCAUGAGCCAUCUUCAUCCACACCUAGAGGCUCAUCAGUGGCCAACCAGUUGCCUAGCGUAGCAAAUGACAAAGCAAUGAACAUUUUGGCUCUUUCUGGAUUGUCUCAAACAGAUAGAAGACAUGGCGAAGAAGUAAUUCAUCAACAUAACUAUGACACCAACAUCAAAGUUGAAGAAUAUGUAAGUUCUCUAAUCAAGGAUCCUGACUUCACCAUGUCAUUAGCUGAAGCAGUUGCCCGCACCAUCACUGGCGAGCUCAAGCAGCAAGAUCUAAACCUCAAUUUGAAUAUUCCCGAAGAGUGAAAUCAAUCUUUUUUUCUUUCUCCAACUCCACAACCCCCAAAGCCCAAAUACAAGUGUAAAGACAAAUUUUAGUUCAGUGAAAUGCAAGCUGGUAGCAAUGAGAGAGAGGAAAACUUCUUUAGGUCGGUUUACUUUGAAGAAAUAUAUUAUUUUUCAUUUUCUGUUUACACUUAUAGUUGCAGAAAUUUUACAUUGUUUCUUUGGCUUUCUGCAUUCAAAAGUUUGUACAGAAAAAGGUAAGAAUAUUUCUUACUAAAACAAACUUUUGGAAACAAACUAAAAAAUGAAAAAUAUAAAGCGUGUACCCAAAUCAAACCACAUCUUAGUUUUCCAUACACAA